UUCAACUUCGAGUAAAACGCUCCACACUUUCUCUGCAAUAAAUUGUACUCGCUCUCUCUUUGUUGAUUUGCUUUGACGAUUUUAGAGAGAGAGAGAGAGAGUCCAAUUUGGCGGGAAAAUGGAAGGCAGCGAGAGCGAGGCCAUCUUUGAAUCGUUGAAUCUGAAUCCACAGCUCUUUGUCAAUGAAGUUCGCAACACCGUCGAUGAUGUCGUCGACGAAGCUUUCGAUUUCUUCCACCAAGAGGCAUCAACCAAGUUGAACUCUGAAGGCUCCAUACAAAGGUCUGAAGAUCUGAAAAAGGGAGUUGAUUGCGUUCGGCAGAAGAUCCAAUCUGUUUUGGACAAUCGCUUAGCUAUUUGGGAAAAAUACUGCCUGCUUCACUGUUUUGCUGUUCCCCAAGGCUUUUGCAUGCCAAACACUGACAAGACAAAUGAGAAUGGCCUCCGUCCAGAUGCUCCUUUUGAUCCUGAUAUUGAUGCCCAGUUAAAUUCCUUAAGAACAAGACUAACAGAGGUGGGGAAGGAGUUUGAAGUGUUGAAUCAUGAAAUUCAAACAUUAGAAAAACAGUCUACUGUCAAUGCUCACUAUGUCAAUAACGCAGUACAAUUAUAUGAGCAGAACAAUUUCCAUGUGUUGUUUCAGGAGAUGAUGACAACUGCAGCUGAACUUGGGACAAAAAUAAAAAAACUAAACACUACCACAAUUGAAGAGUCUGAACAAAUGAAAACAAAAGUGGUUUACAGUCCAGAGCUGGAUCUAUCUUAUAUUAAACCUUGCAAAGGUCUCUCAAAUACGAAUUUAGAUGCCCUUCAAAAUUUGCAAGUAUUAUGAAGAGUACAUGACAUUGUGUUUUUCAUCAGUCUAAUUGGAACAACAUUUUUGUUGAUCCCUACUCUUUCCGUGUACUAAUUUGUUGGAAUUUACCUUUCCAUUAUUAGGAUUAUUGUGAGCAAUUAUGUUAUACUUGAAAUUAAUGAUGUGGCCCAUAAAAAGUGUGUAUUUAUUGGUGAAGUUUUUUAUUUUCUCA